AUGGCCAGCGCAAAGCCAUUGACAAUGUUGGCACGCAGCCGCCCAGCUGCCACACUGCUCCGCUCACCACACUUCGCGUCCGGACGCCUCCCCUCGCCUGCCACAGUCGUCUUCUUCUCUACCACCCUCCCCCGUGCCGCCACCCCAGCAGGACCCCCGCCACCAGGCUUCCGGUUACCGAAACCCAAGCGAUGGGAUGAAGGCGAAGGCGCAUUGGACCGCGCCGGCAAGUACUUCUUGCUCAUCGAGAUGUUCCGUGGCAUGUAUGUCUCGCUCGAGCAGUUUUUCCGACCGGCAUACACCAUCUUCUACCCUUUCGAGAAGGGCCCCAUCUCACCCCGCUUCCGAGGCGAGCACGCUCUGCGACGGUACCCCACGGGUGAGGAGCGUUGCAUUGCUUGCAAGCUCUGCGAGGCCAUUUGCCCUGCGCAGGCCAUCACAAUCGAGGCUGAGGAGCGCAUGGACGGUAGCAGGAGGACUACGCGCUACGACAUUGAUAUGACAAAGUGCAUCUACUGCGGUCUGUGCCAGGAGAGCUGCCCUGUUGAUGCCAUUGUCGAAGGUCCCAAUGCUGAGUACGCCACCGAGACGCGUGAGGAGCUUCUGUACAACAAGGAGAAGUUGCUGGCAAACGGAGACAAGUGGGAGCCCGAGAUUGCUGCGGCUGCUCGUGCCGAUGCACCUUACAGAUAA